GAUAUUUUUGGCACAUAACAGACCUGCAUUUGGAUACCAUUUAUUCAACACAAGGAGAUGUUCUUCGAAGUUGUUGGCGGAUGGACCGACAAACGAGUUCAUCGGGUCGAACACCGGGUCGUUUUGGUGAUUACCUUUGCGAUAGCCCAUGGAGCCUAAUCGAGUCAGCGGCUCUUGCAAUGAAAUCAAGACAAGGUGACAACGUUGAAUUCGUCCUGUGGACGGG